CCUUUCCAAAACACGGGAACAACCUCGUGUAUAACUUCAUGUACCUCUCCUAACAUUUUGGCUUUAUUUACUGUUAAAAAAAGGAAUUCGUUAUGGACACUGAUAAUAAUCCAACAACGGAGGUAGUUGCUACUACUAUGGACAGUGAAGACACAACAGAAGCGUUCGUAAAGGUGAAAUCAAAGAAGACAUCGAAGCGAAAACGCGAGAUGGAUGGAGUCGAUAUGGAGGCUGAGGACUCCGUAGCAUGCAAGCGGCCUCAGUUUCCACCUAUUUCAGGCGACAAACUUAAGGGUGGUUCUGAUGAGAUGCGUAAGGUUGCUGUCCCGGCCCACAGGUAUACCCCUCUGAAGGAGAACUGGCUGAAGAUAUUCACACCCAUCGUCGAGAACCUACAGCUCCAAGUCAGAUUCAACCUCAAAACUAGAAAUGUGGAAAUUAAAACUUGUAAAGACACACAGGACAUUGGCUCUCUCACGAGAGCUGCAGACUUCGUCCGAGCCUUCGUUCUAGGAUUCCAGGUUGAGGAUGCUCUUGCUCUCAUCAGAUUGGAUGAACUUUUCCUAGAAACCUUUGAUGUCACAGAUGUAAAACCACUGAAAGGAGACCAUUUGUCCAGAGCUAUUGGGAGGAUAGCAGGGAAAGGAGGCAAAACAAAAUUCACCAUUGAAAAUGUGACCAAGACCAGGAUUGUUCUGGCAGACUCAAAAGUACACAUAUUAGGAUCUUUCCAGAAUAUUAAGAUGGCACGGACAGCGAUAUGCAACCUCAUCUUAGGAAGUCCCCCUUCUAAGGUGUACGGUAACAUCAGGGUCGUGGCCAGCAGGACAGCAGAGAGAUUCUAAAGUCACACAUGGAUUUAUAUUCUCAUCGCCUGAUGUAAGUUCGGUAUUCACCAAGAUUCUCAGUAGGAUCUGAUCUAGGACCGGUUUUGCCUUUUUAAAACAUGAAUAAGGUAAUAUGGAUGGGUGGACCUGGUCCUAGAUCAGCACUCCUGAGGUGCUUUUUGGAUGUGGGCCUGCCUGCCAGCUUCCAGGACUUUUGUUGUUGAAGCUGGACAUAUUGAUCUGGGGAGUGCCUACCUGCCUUCCACAUCUGGACUGGCCUGUCUCUUCCCACAGGGGAUAUUUGCAUGUAAAUGAUUUGCCCCUUUUUCCUAAUUGUCUUUUGGAUUUGUUUGAUUUAAAUAAAAUCUUAACAAAUUGUUUGAGGCCAACGAUUAAUUGUUACACCAUAUCAAAGUGAAAAGUUGAGUUAAUGUAAAUAAAAAUGCAGAAACCCU